UAGACAAGACACAUGUCAAAGAUUAAAUGUCAAAUGAUUUGUAUUUUAUUUUACCUUUUGUAAAUAAAAAGAUAACAACAUUGAUGAUAGAUUUCCGGUAGUGUCCAGUUCCCUGCUUAGCAAAUAAUUAUUGUUAGGAAUAAUAUACUUUUAGUUUGUAGAAUCUUAUAAUAAUAACUAGCCAUGUUUAGAAAAAAACAUCCGAACAAAGCCAAAUUAGAGCACAAGUUGUAUUUGGCCCGAGAAAAUCCAGAACCUGUAUUCGACUUGGCGGAUUGUGAUUUAGCCGAAGUCCCCACCGGAAUUUACUCCCUUUGCAGAGUGUUUUUAAAAGAAUGUUUGCGAUUGGAGAACAACAGUUUAAGGUCUCUAAGCGGCGGGGGCGAUUUAAAGGACUUGCACCUGUUAAAAAUACUAAAUUUAAAUAACAAUUUAUUUCAUCAUAUACCCGUCGAAAUUGCCUUAUUAAAAAACUUACAAGAGUUGUAUAUAUCUAACAAUCAAAUAAAAAAACUUUGUGAUAACAUUUGCCAAUUGAAAAAUCUUAAGAUACUGGAUUUGUCCAACAACCAUAUAAAGUUUUUACCUCAUGAUAUUGGGAAUCUUGUGAAUUUAAGAAAGUGCUAUAUUAAUAACAAUAAGUUGAAAGUUUUACCAAAGAGUGUACAUAAGUGGAAAAAAAUUCAUGUAUUAGAAUUAGAUGCAGAUAUGUUUGAGUAUCCUCCUCAGGAUAUUGUUACUCAGGGAUUAAACUCUAUAAUGGGUUUUAUUUGUGAAGAUGUUGGAGUGCCAUAUAGUCCAGCUGAUGCUGAUUUAGAUGAUGAUAAUAAUUUUGAGCAGUCUAAUACUGAUUCAACAGAUUCAAUUCAGCAACAAAAAAUGAGAGAAUUUCUUGAAAUAGAAAGGCUUAAUGAGAUGUCAAUAAGGCAAGAACUCGAAUUUGCUAGCACUUCUAAAGUACAAAGAGAUAAACUUCUAGCAGUGUUAACUGAACAACAAAACCAUUUUGACAGCGAGCUCAGCAAACUCCAACAAAUAAAAGAAAUAGAACGCUUUAAAUUGAUAGAACAGCUCCAGGAAGCCGAAAAUACUGCUGAUAUAGCUAUUAAGGAACUGCUUGUGCUGAAUAAUGAACCUCUAGGGCAGCUAUUGGAACAAGAAAAGCUCGAAGAAGAAAAACUAUUGAGCGCCAUUAAUAGAUAUAAUGAGGAUUUGCGAAAGGACGACAUUUUGGGUGCCAUGCAAGAUAUUUUGGCCCAAGAAACGGCGAAAUUUAAAGAAUUCCAUCAGAAUAGAUUGGAAAUAUCGAAAAGUAUAUUGGAGCAGGAAGCCGAAAUCGAUUACAAAUUGAUCGAGGUGCUUCAGAACCAAGACGACCACAAGGUGGAUUUAGUAAAUAAGCUCAUAGUUGAUAGUGAUUUACAAAAAGCGGCCGUGGGGACCUUGCUAGAAAGAGGCGACGCCAGAAGCUGGGGACUCUUGCAGCAAAUCAGACUCGUCGAGGCGCAAUUGGCGACUCUUACUCGUAUAGAGAUCGAUAGGAAGAAAUUAGAAAUGGAUGGGCAUCUUAACGAUUUAUGCGACAAGAGAUGUACUUUAUCGGUUUUGCUUAUCGAUUUGAUGGAACAACAAAAAGAAAGACGUGCACAACUGAUAUCCACACUACAAAUAAUGGAAGAGAGCUAUAGUGAAAGCAUAGAAGAUUUCUGGCUUCGGCAGUACCAACGAUUAUUGGACAAACUUCCCGAGGGUUUAUCGCAUGCACAAAAGAAUAUCGAUCCGUCAUUGGCGCAGUUCCUUCUCUUGAACGGCGUCAUUCACUGCCUGCCAUUUUUGGCUAAUCUAACACAAUGUCAAAGGGAUACUCAUUACAUAACGGAUAACGAUUUGCUGAAAGCAGGCGUGACGAGCAGCAAUGAACGACGUAAAAUUCUCGACGCUUUCCACAUGUACGAAAAAGAAAGAACAGUGGUCGGCUGUGAGGACUCUCGCGCGUCAGCGCCUCCAAUGCCCGUUGAGGAAGCCAGCGCUCCCGUCCCUGAUAACAUUAAGGCUCUCAGUAGUUCUGAAUGCGUCGUAUGCCUAGAUAUGGAGUGUCAAAUAAUAUUCGUGCCGUGCGGGCACCUGUGCUGCUGCUGCAAUUGCUCGGUACCCAUCGCUGACUGUCCUCUGUGCCGGGGGAAGAUAGAGAGAAAAAUUACUCUGGUCUUGUAGAGAGGAUGACCGUUGUAUUGUUAUAUUCUCAGGUUUUCCAGUGUUGUUAUAUAAGCUUUAAUAUUUACACACUUUGUACUUGUAUGAUUCAGAUAAUGUUCGUCUAAUGCUUUUUUUAAAUACUUAAAUGUUCAUAUGAAUGUUUUUGGAGCUAACAGUUGAGUAAACUCUGUUUUAGAGUAUCUGUCCUUUUAUAAUUUGUUUAUAAUACGUUUGUAAUUAAUUUUUGUUUUUUAAUUCCGUUGCAGCUAUUCUUUCAUUAUUUACUCAUAACUUGUUAGCACAAAAGCAUUUGCACUGUUUAAAACAUAAGCACAAUGUGUGGCCUUUUGAGACUUGUUAAUAAAUUAAUAAUAAUAAUAUUCCAUUUACUAUUAUUCUAGUCACAAUAUUUUAGACAAUCCAAAAUGAAAUGCUUUUAUUGUUUAUUUUCAUGAAAUAAUUUUUGGUACAUUUUCAAAUCCAGUGUCAUAUUUGGACCAAAGAAAAACAACACUUUUUUUAUAAAUUUCCAUUGGGUGUUUAUUAUAAAAUGUUUUUACAUGCACUUUUCAUUACCAUGUGCUGUGCUAUUUUAAUACCUACAUUUUACCAAAAACAAUCACAAUUUAGAAGAUUACUUUGAAAUAUUCCAAGUAGUUGCCUGAAAACUAAAUGUUUCAAUAAUUUUACUUUUCUGUAUCCAUUAAUGAUUUUUUUCGACCUCGAGUUUGGGAUGGAUCUUUAUGUUUUGGAUUAUUUGAAUCCGUUUUGAAUAUUUUCACGAUUAUGUCUGUAGUCAUGAUAAUUCAAAGAAAUAAAGAAAAAACACCAUAUUUUAAACCUAAGGUUUAAUCCAUUCUGUGGUGAUCUGAUUACAUUUUUGUAUAGUCCGAUAAUCCGAGAGGGUACUGUAUAGGAGGGCAUUUUUCUACCUUAUUUGUUAUUUAUGAUUAGAGGAAAAUUCUGUUAAUAAGAGUUGUUUGAGGUGUCAUCUAUAAAUUUUGUCCUAUACAUGAUUUCUCUAAAAUUGAAUUUUUUUCAGUAGUUUAAAUGGCAAAGAAAGUAUGAAAAAAAGUUUUAAUUUGAAUUCAUAUUCUAAACACUUUUUGAUUAGAUGGGCCAUACAUUAUAAUUUGAUAACUUUACAGGAAAGUCAUGUGUUGGGACAUAUCUUAUUUUUAUUAGUCUUGAUUGACUUGAAAAUUUACCAUUUUCAGGCAACAAACCUUCUAUAAGUAAAUCUGUCAAUUUUAAAUUUGCUAUUGUUAAAA